UAUAUUAUCUUAAACUCAUCACUGUAUGAUACACUACAACGAUCGAUUCCAGGAGCAAGAUGGAUGCCAAUCACAACCGAGUAUAUCGCGGAGUAAGACGUCGAAGUAAUGGAAAAUGGGUAUCCGAAAUACGUGAACCAAGGAGUCAAAAUCGGAUAUGGCUUGGUACAUUUCCGACCCCUGAAAUGGCUGCUGUUGCAUAUGACGUAGCUACACUUGCCCUAAAAGGUCCCGAUGCUGGGCUUAACUUUCCAAACUCGGUUGGGUCAUUCCCAAUUCCAAAUUCUACUUCUGCACGUGAUAUACAAGAUGCUGCUGCUUUUGCCGCAUCUGCGGCUGGUGCUGCAGUAGAUUCUCUUGCUCUUGCUCGUGGGAGUACUAGUGGUAGUAGUACUUGUGAUAAUAGUAGUAUUGGCAAUGCAAUUAAGGAAGGGAUACCAGGAAGGACGGUGGCUGAAUUUGUUGACGAAGAACUUAUAUUUGACAUGCCAAAUGUAAUUAUGAAUAUGGCCGAGGGAAUGCUGCUUAGUCCUCCUCAUUUUGGUCCAGACGGUGGGAAUCAUGAUGUCAAUACCAUAGCUGCCAACGCUGGAUACGAUCAGAAUUUGUGGAGUUAUCCAUGAUAUACUGGAUAACUAGAUUUUUUUUUUUUUUCCGUAUUGAUCACUAGAUAUGUAUGACUGAACAGAUAUA